UGAUCAGCUGAUCUAUUUGGAUCCUCAUUACUGUCAGUCUGCUGUGGACGUCCAGCAGGAUCACUUCCCUUUAGAGUCGUUUCACUGUAAAACAGUCAGGAAGAUGGCGUUCAGUCGCAUGGACCCGAGCUGUACGGUGGGCUUUUAUGCCAGAAGCAGAGCAGAUUUCCACAGUCUGUGUUCAGACGUCAGUAAGGCUCUGUCAUCAUCCGAGCAGAAAUACCCCAUCUUCACCUUCGUUGAGGGUCACAGCGAGGGACAAAGCGGCUCUACGUCAGACAUGGACAUCACACACACAAAAACCAAAGACAAACUGAGGCGAAAUCAGAAGAGGAGCAGCACGGAGGAGUUUGUGCUUCUGUGACUCACCAUGACUGUCUCCUGUUUGCUUCCUCCCAUCUGAGUCAUGUGACCAAGGACACCACAAUCACAUAUUAGGCAGAUCGUAAAGGGACAGUUCGGUCAAAAAUGAAAGUUCAGUCAUCAUCCGAAACCAGUUUGAGCUUCUUUCUUCUGUUGAACACAAAGGAAGAUAUUUUGAAGAAUGUUGGAAAAACUGCCAUUGACUUCCAUAGUGUUUAUUUUUAGGUUUUAGUGUGGAUAUGAAUGGCAGCUUUUAUCCAACAUUCUUCACAUUAUCUUGUUUAGAGGCAGAAAUUUAGUUUAGAGUGUUAAUAAAUUAGGAAAUUUUCAUUUUUUGGGGUGGUGAACUCUCCUUUUAAAGGAACACUCCAUAUUUUUUUUUAGAAAUAGGCCAAUUUUACAGUUCUGCUAGAGGGAAACAGGUGAGUUUUGCCACUUUUGACCCCAUCUCUGCAUCUUUUAGCUUAGCUUAGCAUAAUUCAUUGAAUCAGAUUAGACCAUUAGCAUCUCAGAAAUGACCAAAGAGUUUUGAUCAUUUUCCUAUCUACAACUUGACUCUUCUUUAGUCUCAGUGUGCACUAAGACUGAAAAUGAACGCAAUAUUAUACCAGACCUGAAAAUAGUCCUCUGCUAGCUAGCUAGAUAGCCACUGUGUAAUAUCAUGGUACAGCAGUAAAACUUGUUGAUGGAUACGUAUAGUUUCUAGCCAUUUCAGUCUAGAAAAUGGCACCUUUUUAUUUUCUUUUGGUCUUAGCGCACAUAGUAACUACAGAAGAGUCAAGCUAUAAAUAGGAAAAUCUGGUAAUCUUUCAGAUGCUAAUGGUCUAAUCUGAUAUAAGGAUUUAUGCUAAGCUAAGCUAAAACUGCUUCUUUCAAAUCCGGAGAUCGAUUGAAUUUAUGAAAAAACUGGUAAACCUCGACUUUUUUAGCCGUAAAUCUGUAAAAUGAGCUUUUAUUUAAAAACAAAAAAGAAGUACAUUUAAACAGGCAUUAGAAAGUCUGACACUGUUUUGUUAUGUAAACAUGAGUUUUCCCCUCAAACCGGUUUUUAGGAAAUAGGUUAAUUUUACAGCUCCCCCAGAGUGAACAGGUGAGUUUUACCAUUUUUGACUCCAUUUAGCUGAUCUCCAGGUCUGGCGGAGCUCGUUUAGCUUAGCAUAAUUCAUUGAAUCCGAUUAGACCAUUAGCAUCUGAGAAACGACCAAAGAGUUUUGAUCAUUUUUUUUCUAUAUAAAACUUGACUCUUCUGUAGUUACACUGUUUAUUUUCAGUUCUAGUGCACAAUGAUAUUAUACAAUACCUGAAAAUAUUUAGUUAGCUUGAUGACUGCUUGCGUAAUAUUAUGGUACGGAAGCAAAGUUCCUUGAUUAUUAUGCCACAAUGUGAGUAUAGUUUCUAGCCAUAUCAGUCUAGAAAAUGGCACCUUUUUAUUUUCUUUGGGUCUUAGUGCACAGUGUAACUACAGAAGAGUCGAGCUAGAAAAACUGAUCAUUUUUAAGAUGCUAAUGGUCUAAUCUGAUUCUAUGAUUUAUGCUAAGCUAAGCUAAAACUGCUUCUUCCAGACACCGAGAUCAGCUGAGUUAAAAAAAAUUGGUAAAACUCAACUGUUUACUUUUUAUGUGACCUUUAAAAUAAGCCAAUUUCUAAAAAAACUAUAAGAUGGAGUGUACAUUUAAGCAGGCAUUAGAAAAUCUGACAAUGCUUUAUGCUUGUACAUGUGGCAGCUUUUGCCAUUUCAUUAUGUAAACAUGAGUUUUCACCUCAAACUAAUGUUUUGUUUGUGAAUUCAGCUAAUUUUAGAGCUCCCCCAGAGUGAAACCGGUGAUUUUUACCAUUUUUGACUCCGUUCAGCCAAUUUCCAGCCAAUUUCCAGUUUUGAUAAUUUUUUCUAUAUACAACUUGACUCUUCUGUAGUCCCACUGUGCGCUAAGACUGAAAAUGAACACAAUUAAUGAAAAUAGCCAGCUAGCUAGCUAGAUAACCAUUGUGUAAUAUCAUGGUACAGCAGCGAAGCACCUUUAUUAUAAUGCCAUAAUGAGAGUAUAGUUUCUAGCCAUAUCAGUUUAGAAAAUGACACCUUAUUAUUUUCUUUUGUUCUCUGCACAGUGUAACUACAGAAGAAUCAAGCUAGGAAAACUGAUCAUUUUUGAGUGGCUAUUGGUCUAAUCUGAUUCAGUGAUUUAUGCUAAGCUAAAAGUGCUUCUGUCAUACUUUGAGAUCAGCUGAAUUGAUGAACAGAAGGGUAAAACUUAACUGUUUAACUCUUCGUGACCUUUUAAAAUAAGCCAGUUUCUAAAAAAAACUAAGUGAAGUGCUCCUUUAAGCAAACAUUAGAAAGUCUGACAAUGAUUUUUGCUAGUACAUGUGUCAGCUUUUGCUGUUUGAUUAUGCAAGCAUGCGUUUUCCCCUCAAACGGCUGUUGUUUUCUUGUGUUUCUGUAGUGUAAACACACCGAACUCCCUGUGUGUGUGUGUGUGUGUGUGUGUGUUUGCUGAGCAGGUGGCUAAGCAGAUUAUGGCGGAUGUGUUUGCUGUGAUGAUAAUGACUGCAGACAGUGAGGAUCUCAGACAGACCAGACGUGCAGACGCUACUCUUUGACAGGCAAACAUGAGAUUUGGUUGCUUUAAACACUGUGAUUUAUUCUUAAAGGGAUAGUUCACCCCCAAAAAAGUGAAACUUAUUUGGUUUGAGUUUCUUCUGUUGAACACAAAGGAUGA